UGCCACGUGGACCCCUGAAAGAUAGAAUCAAGCGAGAAGACCCUAAUACUGGCAGGAAUUGGGAACUCUUCGUUGCAGCUCCGGCAAUACUCCGACUACGUUAGUUUCCGCCACCGCCGGAACCCUAAGGCAAUGGCUCCGAUACAGCCUAAUUAUGGGCUAUUCGUGGGUUUGAAAAGAGGGCAUGUUUGGACCAAGCCCUUCCGAUAGAAAAGGGUUAAGCUUUCCCAGUUUCCUGUGUGCUGUGGUUGACAUGUACGUCUGUUUGCCAAGAUCUUGUUUGUUUGCCUUGCAGUAUUUUGAAUAUGUCUGUGAUUCAGAAAAGUUGAAAACAAGCAACAGAGUGCAUUUUGCUACAAGUCUCAUUAGGGAAGUUGCUGCUUUGCUCCUUAUGAGAUGCGAAUCACCAAGCUUCUCAAAGUUGGUAAAGACAAGUGCGCAUUGGAAGUGGCUAAGUGAAAGUUGGGUGCCCACAAAAGGGCAAAGAAGAAGAGUGAAGAAAUGGCAUUACACCUCCAAUGAUGAGGGCUGCUGGAGAUGGAGUGCAGAAGAAGUAGGGUGUUAGGUUGAAUCUCCAUAUAAACUUUUUUAGCGAAAAGAGUAACUGAGCAGAGGUGUUUAUUUAGCUCUAUUUGUUAAACUCCUUUGUUUAGUCAAGUGAAGAGAAUUCCAUUUAAGGAUCUCUUGGAAGGCAAUGGGGGCCGAUGUUGGUUAUUUCAUGGUCGGCAUUGGUUAGCUUUCUGAAAUUGACUAUAUAAGAUUCAGGUUUGCAUCUGAAUCUGAUUCAGUUUAAACUGCAAUGGAUUUCUGAGCUGCUACAUGUUGAAUUACUUGUUUGGAGACGAGUCCAAAGUCCAUACUGGUGUUCAACCAAAAUGUACUUGGAAAUGUGUUUUUAGAUUAUAGAAUAAGUCUUGAUUUGUCUCUAAGACAUCUGGUUGGCCAAAUCAUGUAAUGUGAUAUGGAUCUACAAUCCUAAUUUAGAUUGGAGUACUGUGAUUUAUAUAGAUAAAAUUAAUC